AUGGACUAUGAUGUUAGCAGGGGAAAUGGUGAGAAUUUGGAAGAUUAUGAACCCAGAGGACCUGGUCGGCCCUUGUACCAAAGAAGAAUCUCAUCUAGCUCAGUCCAGCCUUGUUCUGAAGAAGUAAGAACUCCACAAGAUAGUCUGGCUCAGUGUAAGGAGCUUCAGGACCACGGUAACCAAUCUUCUUUCAACUUUUCAUCCCCGGAGUCCUGGGUAAACACCACCUCAUCUACCCCCUAUCAGAACAUUCCAUGCAAUGGAUCCAGCAGGACAGCUCAGCCCAGAGAGUUAAUAGCUCCACCCAAGACUGUCAAACCCCCUGAGGAUCAACUGAAGUCUGAAAACCUUGAAGUGUCCAGUUCCUUCAACUAUAAUGUGCUGCAGCAUCUCGGCCAGUUUCCACCCCUCAUGCCCAACAAGCAGAUCGCGGAGUCGGCCAACAGCAGUAGCCAGCAGAGUUCUGGGGGGAGCAGGCCCGCCAUGUCUUAUGCCAGCGCUCUGCGGGCCCCUCCCAAGCCCAGGCCCCCACCUGAACAGGCCAAGAAGAGUAGCGACCCUCUGUCUCUGUUCCAGGAACUUAGCCUGGGGAGCUCGUCGGGCAGCAAUGGCUUUUAUUCUUAUUUUAAAUAAUCACUUUUUUUCCCUCAAGGGAGAAUGUUUUAAUUUCUGUUUGUACCAAUAGAAUUAAGGUAGUUGGACUUCAUCUAUAGAUGCACAGUUCCUUUGUUUUAAUAUUAAAUAUGUUCUCACUUAAUUGCUUUGCUGCUAGACUUGCAACUAAUUUUUUAAAAGUAUAUUCCAUUAUUUUGCAUUUUUGAUGUGUCAGAAUUUUGACAGCUUUUAUGUAGAAUAAAAAUAUUUUUAAAUUUGUGUAUUGUUACAUAUGUUUGCAUCAAGCUAGCAGCUAAGAGGUUAAUUGUGCAACUAUAAAAAAAGAAAAAAAGUUUGUCUAAAAUGUAUUUAAAAAGAAAAAAAAAAUUGUAAGUAGCAUUUACAUUUAUUCAAUAAUAUUACCAUAUGCUGGGUUUCUGUACCAGAAAUGGCCAGUUGAUGUACAAAUGUAUGUUAUUUUUGCUUAAAUUCAUUUAAAAUUUUUUAAAAUAAAGGAGCAGCAUCUUCUAAAUACUUUAAGUUUAUCAGCUUUUUUUUUUUGUGACAGGAUGCUGCAUUCUAAAACUUUUAUAGUUUUAGACUACGUAUUUUGUGCUGUUGUAAUCUCCAUCCACCGUAGGAUAGAGUUAAAGGCAUUCUUUGCAGGUGUAUUUUGUAUGUCACUGUUUUUUGAAAUGUGAAAAAACAUUGGCAUACUUAGUUAUUUUUUAGACAAGCUACACUUGAAGCUUGUUUUUAAUGUUAAUUUGAUAGUGUGUUUUUUUUAAACAAAUCAUGAAGCUGAAAAAUUUUUAGGAUUGUUGGUGCUUUGUAGACUUGAUAACUAUUUUAAAAAUGCGUGAAUUUAGUAAAAUCUUUUUUUUUUUUUUUUCUCACUAUGCAUGUGUAAAUGUUUGUAACCUGGCAUUUUCCCUUUUUCCAGUGGUAUAAAGAAUUGUGCCGCUUUAAGGUUUGGUUUUUUUUUUUUCCCCCCUCCAGUAAAAAUUUUGGUACCUUAUUUGAUGUUUACAUUAAAAUGUGACAUUAUAUAUGGCAAUUCAAAUAUUUUGCUAGCUGUCUUGUUUGAGGAACAUCAUUAAAGAAGAAAUACAAUGUUUGUCAAAAA